GAGGAGUGCUGCUGUGUGUGGGAUGUUCACUCAGAGCUGGAGCAGCUCUGUGUUUUCUCACUGCCCAGUGAGAGGGAAACUGAGGCACUGAAAGAGAAAAGAGAUCAGCCUGCCACAGAGGAGAAUGGGGUGGUUAAUUCUGUGUCCUUCAGACUCAGCAUCUCUUACCAAAGAGGCCACCAGCCACUGCCCUACACUAGCAAAUCUCAAGGCACAAAAUGCAUUUUGGCAUCAGAAAUGUAUCCAUGGAUGGGGACAGAGGGGAAAUCACCUUUUGCUCUGUACACACAAGGACCACAUCAGCACAGCUGGCACACAGAGAGGGACACAGCCUCAGAGCAAGAGCAGUCACACAGCUCUGCCAGGACCCCUCAGAGUGACUCUGAUUUCUCUUCAGCUGUAACUCACCCAGGAUAUCUUCUGUGGGUUUUAUGACAUGAACACAGAGGUGCAGGCUGUGGAUCCUGGAGCCACAGACAACUUUAACACACAAGCACAAUAAAGAAACUCCCAAUAUUCUCAGACUUCUGAUGGUCUGAUGUAUUUAAAAGGAAUCUUUCUGGGUUUGACUGUUUCCAUUAACACAGGAGUGAAAGGACACUUUUUUGAGUGGUAUCUCAAUAUAGUCUAUGCAUAACAGAUAAACUCCUUGCAGUCUCUAACAGCACACAUUCACACUGGUUUUCUUGUUAGAGCCAUGAAACUGGAGUGGAAACGAUCUAAUUCUGCUCUCCAAGCCCAUAUGAAAGCUUUAGACUAUUGCUGUGGUCAUUAGCUCCUUAUUAAAGUCAACAGCACUCACAGCAGCCACUGCUGUACUGACAGUCUUUUAUGCCCUAAUUCAGUCCCCUCUCAGAACAACCCUCAAUUUCUGUAAUUUCUGUGUAGUGGCUCUGAGGCCCCUUAAGUAAAUUUUGGCCUUAGCUCUUCCCUGGAUUUUCUUUAUACAUUCACAAUAGACAUUUUGAAGUAAAGUGUCCUACCUUCAGCCACUCUGCCAUCCAGUGCUUCCAAAAUGGGUCAUUCAAAUUUUGAUAGAAGUAUUUCCCUUGUUUUCUUACAUUAGGAACAGUGUUGGGCUGAUGAUUCCUACUGUCAGCUUACACUGCAGAUUAAAAAUUAGAUUUUGAUUGCAGAUAAUCUUCUGCCACAGCUGGAAUAAUCUGUAGACAUUAGCACAUAGCAUAUACCAUAGAAAGCCAAAGACCUGUCUCACAGAAAGAAAGAAAAGGAAUUUGUUAGAAUUGUUUUGACUCAGUUGAAUUGGCUGCAGCUGAAAAGGGGGAGACCUCAAUACAUCUCUACUUUUUGCCCAUGAAGGGAAGGGCUGAGCUGCCUCUGACAGCUGGUUUAAGUAGAGUCUCUUGAAAGCCCUCAGUCCCCUAAAGGUGGGAUCGAUUUAAUCUGAUUUCAGAACUGUCAGGGAUGGUUGCUCAGAGCUGUUCUCCCUCUGUGGGCAAGGGGAUGUAGCAAACAAUGGCAGCACUGAAAUGCUGCUCUGGAUGGCAGCCUUCCCUCCCCUGUCUGUAAAGAGGGACCAGAGGGAUUUCCUCAGACACAGGCAUCUCAUGUCUUAUGUGUCUAAGGCUAUGAGCUCUGCAUUCUCACCAGCUGGUGGCUGGUUGUUAACCUGAAAGGUCUGAGCAACAGCUGGAAACACCAAGGGAUGUGUGGCUCCAGGGACAGAAUUAGCCUGAUGUUGCCUGCUGCCUUUGUUUAAUUGGACUGGGUGCCUUUAGGGGCAGUGCUGUCUCUGGUAGGAGAGUUUUCAUUCAAUUCCAGCCACCCACAUUUGUUCUUCAGUCUUAAGUGACUACUUGUCAACUGUAAAUCAAUUCCUUCCUUCCCUCCCUAUGACUGGAAUUGCACAAAAUAAAUCUGUACCUAGUACUGACCUUAGCUACCCUGAUUGGUGAUUUCUGAUUUCCCAAGGACAUCUGAUGGCAGUCAGCCACUGAUAACAGCCAGGAUCUUUGCCUGGCCCUGGCCAGCUCUCCCCAUUAUUAUCAGAGGAUGGGGGAAAACAAAAUAAAGGAAAAACUCUCUAGAUGGAACCAGCCCAUAUCCAGGGUCCCAGAGGGCUUUCUCUAAAGGUCUCUGAUGGGAUAUGCACUCAACAGAUACCCCAUUCCUCUCCCUGUGGGUGCUCUGAACCAGCCCAGAUGUCUCCAUCUUUUUGAGAAGAUUGUGACAAAAAUGCAGAGAAUGUGUCAUGAACCCCUCUUCAAGCCCCAGUCUGGGGUUAUAAGGACAAAAUCAGCAAAUGACAGAGCUGCAGGCAGGCUGAGGUUUCCUGUUUCAGCUCCACAUGACAUUUAUAGAGGUUGUCAUUCUGUACCUGUCUCCUGCCUGGCCACAGCAACUGGUUUGGCUCAUCAGGACAUUGGUAGAAGAUGCUGCUUCCCCUUCUGCUCACAAGUGCUUUUGUCCUUCUGCCCUGCCCUGGGGCUGAAAAGAUCAUUGGUGGACGGGAAGUGAAGCCCCACUCCAGACCUUACAUGGCUUAUUUAAAAAUUCAGAUUGGCUCAAAAACUAAUUACUGUGGAGGGUUCCUGAUUCGCCCAGAUGCAGUGCUCUCAGCAGCUCACUGUGUGGAUAAGGAAGGGACACUGAGGAUCACUGUGAUUCUGGGAGCCCACAACGUGAGCGACCGAGAGCCGAGCCAGCAGAGGGUCCGUGCUGGACGCUGGGUCAUCCAUCCCAACUAUUCCCGUGCUGGCUUCAAAAAUGACAUUGUGCUGCUGAAGCUGCAGCCAAAGGCCAGGAUCAAUAAGAAUGUGCAACUUAUCUCCUUUCCCAGGAGCAAGGGACAUGUGAGAGCAGGAGCAGAAUGUAAUGUGCCUGGCUGGGGCUGGACAUCUGUGACAGGAGACAGGACUAAUGUGAUGAGGGAGGUGGAACUGAAGGUGCAAAAUGAGGCAAUAUGUCAGCAGCUAUUCUGUGACUACCAGAGUCAGUCUAUGAUCUGUGUUGGGGAUGACUACAAUAAAAAGGCAUCUUACUAUGGUGAUUCUGGUGGCCCGUUAGUCUGCAAUCAGAAGGCUCAUGGCAUUGUUUCUCAUGGACAUAAACACCGCCUCUUCCCUGAGGUAUUUACCAGAAUCUCGUAUUUUGAGCCCUGGAUACGUGAGCAGCUGAGGAAAUUUGCACUCCAAGGCUCUCCAUCUGACUAAAAUGCUCCACAACUCAUCAAACACCUGCUGGUGCUCAGAAGCUUCCAGGGGAAGCUGAACUGGAGUCAGAGAAGCCCCCAUGGUGCAGACACAGGCUUUUGCACUGAGGAAAGUCUCUGUGGCAAGGUAAAAAUGCAAGUCCCAAGUACACACAGCUUCCUGUUGUUCCCUUUCUCCCAUUGCUGUUCCAGCUUGCUUUCUGGCCAUCAAUAAAAGCAUGUUCAAACUUG